AUGGCGGCGUGGCUGAGCCGGGUGUCCCUGGGCGACGCCUGGUACAACAUGUGCACCCGCCUGCUGCGAACUAAGCCUGUGGGCUCCAUGGCUCGCGGCUCAGACGACCUCACCGAGCUCGGAGAUGGGUCGGCGGCCGGUCUGGCCAAGGUGCUGACCACCGUGGACCUGGUGUCGCUCGGCGUGGGCAGCUGUGUCGGCACAGGGAUGUAUGUGGUCGCUGGGCUGGUCGCCAAGGCCAUGGCCGGGCCGGGGGUCAUCCUGUCGUUUAUUAUUGCAGCGGUGGCCUCGAUACUGUCAGGUGUGUGCUACGCAGAGUUUGGUGUCCGGGUCCCCAAAACCACCGGCUCAGCCUACACCUACAGCUACGUGACGGUCGGAGAGUUUGUGGCGUUCUUCAUCGGCUGGAACUUGAUCCUGGAGUAUCUGAUCGGCACGGCGGCGGGGGCCUCGGCUCUCAGCAGCAUGUUCGACUCGCUGGCCAAUCACAGCAUCAGUAACUACAUGAUAACACACCUGGGCACGCUCAGAGGACUCGGUAAAGGUGAGGACACUUACCCAGACCUGCUCGCCCUGUUCAUCGCCCUCCUGGUGACGGCAAUCAUCGCUCUCGGCGUGCGUAACUCGGUGGGCUUCAACAAUGUCCUCAAUGUGGUCAACCUGGUGGUGUGGGUCUUCAUGAUCAUCGCCGGACUCUUCUUCCUCUCUGCCGGCAACUGGGAGGGCGGCAGGUUCCUGCCGUACGGCUGGUCAGGGGUGAUGAAAGGUGCCGCGACGUGUUUCUACGCCUUCAUUGGCUUCGACAUCAUCGCGACAACAGGAGAGGAGGCGAAAAACCCAAACACCUCCAUCCCGUACGCCAUAACCGCCUCGCUGGUCACCUGCCUCACCGCCUACGUGUCGGUGAGCGUGAUCCUGACUCUCAUGGUUCCCUACGACCUGAUCGACGGCUCGGCUCCUCUCAUAGAGAUGUUCGCGGUGCACGGUUUCCUGUGGGGGAAGUACACGGUGGCUGUGGGCUCCAUCGCCGGCCUCACCGUCUCCCUGCUGGGAUCUUUGUUCCCCAUGCCCAGGGUCAUCUACGCCAUGGCCCAGGACGGACUGCUGUUCAGGUGCCUGUCACACGUCUCUGCUCUCACCCACACUCCCGCGGCGGCGUGCUUGGUGUCUGGGAUCUUCGCGGCCCUCCUCGCUCUGCUGGUGAGCCUCAGGGAUCUGAUUGAGAUGAUGUCCAUCGGCACGCUGUUGGCCUACACCCUGGUCAGCGUGUGUGUGCUCUUACUGCGCUACCAGCCGGACGAACACACCGACACGCACCAGUUUAGCUCCGGUGAGGACAUAGAUGACCUGAAGCACCAGGACGACGGAGUCACGCCCACAAAAGACGACCAGAUGCUGAUCGAAGACUCAGGCAGGGACGGAUCUUCGUCCUACCACGCUGGUGGGACUGAAGGAGAGGGAGACGAUUCUGAUUUCCACACAGGCCACGCCUCAUUGCUGAAAAGGCUUCUGGGAGGUCAUUACUACACGCUGAGGUUGCGGGUUGGAAUGCCUGACGCGUCGGCCCGGCCCACGCCUGCCACCGGCCGCAUAGUGACCAGAUGCACCCUCCUCCUCUUCUUCAUGUCCUUCCUCCUGUGGUCCACCGUGAUAUUUGGCGUUGAGCAGGGAACGGGGGCCGGGGCGGUGUUUUCGGGGCUGAUGGCCACAGCGAUGGCGGGUUCCAUGGCGAAGCUUUUGAUUAUGAUUAUACAACAGCCAGAGAGCACGCGGAGACUGCCCUACAUGGCGCCCUGCGUGCCCUUUGUCCCUGCUGCGGCCAUCUUGGUCAACAGCUACCUCAUGCUGAAACUGUCUCCACUCACCUGGGCCAGGUUCACCGUCUGGUGCCUCAUCGGUCUGCUGAUCUAUGGCUGCUACGGAGUGUGGCACAGCACGCUGGAGCUGAACGCCCGCGAGCAGCAGGCGCACGCCAGCUCCUACCAGCGCUACGACGACCACCUGGACGACACCUUCUCCCCUGACGACGACCUUUGCCCCCAGGAACAAGACGAGAGACCCUACCAGGGCUGGUCGGCCCCGGAGGAGAGGGGGCAGCAGCAGCAGCAGCAGCAGAACCAGAAUGAGGAGCAGAACCAGUAUGAGGGCCGAGAGGGGGAGCAGUGUGAGGACGGUGGUGAGGAGUAUGGAUACCAGUCUGCACCAGGUCGCCGGCACACAGGCCGAGGUGACGGGUCCAGGGGACGGACCAAUCACGGCUUCGAUGCAGGCGAAGAGGACGACUGAAUACGGGAGGUUUUCUGUUUUCAACUUCACUUCACAUCAAACUGAGGUGAACGUGUAAAGAAUGAAUAGAAAGACUUAUUUAAUGUGAGACAAUCAAUUACUAACAAGUCAUUUUUAGUAAAGUAAGCUGGUGUUUUGAUGAGAGGUCCUGUUCCAUCAGGCAGCUGCACUUCCUGGUCUGGGCGGGGCUUAACUCUACCAAUGAAACAACAACUUCUUCUGCAAAUACAAACCCGGAGCUGUCAGCCAAUGACAUUUAGCGGUGAAGCCUCAGUGGACUCAGUGUGGACGGAGCCUGGACGUCAGGGGAGCGGAAUCGACAGGCUCCUCCCAUUGCAGAUGUUUCACUGGAUGAGGUUCACAGCAGCCGCACACAUAUAGAACUUCAGAAUUUACAUUUUGCAAAUAAUAAAACAUGGCGACACUGGAUGUGACGCACUGCCCCUACUGUUCAUCUGCGUAUGGCAUCUUGCAAACAUGAAGAAUUCCUUUCUGAGGCCGAGCACAACACACGCAGAACAUGUGAGGCAGCUGUGGUGCGUACAUGUUGCUCAAAGCAGGUAUAACUCUCAACAUGGCUGACCUUGUAGGAUUCAAAGUUUUCUUUGCAGGUAAAGAAUCCUACAUUAUUCUCUAUUUCUUGUGGCUGUUCAUCGUUCUCGCUCUUUCUCUCUGACCCUGAACGCCACAUAAUAACUCGCCUGUUGGUUUUGAUCGUGUGCGUUCGAACUUCUCAAAAUCUUGAUCGUGACUUUUUGAAGCCCUGAAAGUCACUUGUGUUGUUUUCUGUUGUGUCUUCGAGUGAAUGGCGUUAAAGUGACAGUGUUUGUGUUUCUCUGUGUCGUCAACAACAGAUUUGUUGUAUUUGUUCGUGUUGGAGGAAUAAAUGUGUCUUUUUGAGUGAAA